CUCUUGGGCCGUCGCGGCAGCCCUCAGCACUUUUCUCCUCUCCUCUCUCCCUCCCCCCUGUGCCAUGUGUGUGCGCGCCGUGCAGACAAAAGCGAGUGAAUAGAGAGAGAGGAGAGAGAGAGAGAAAAGCGAGGGGCUGGCAGGGAAGAAGAGCCGCUCAGACACGUUACACACAGGCGCACAAACACACACACGCCAGAUCCAUCUUGAAGGUGUUCCCCCGCCGCUCUCUCGCUCUCUCUCUCCCCAGCCGCCGCGCCCGGCUCGCCCGGCUCCCCAGGACUUCUGUAGGGAAUGCCAUCGCGCUUCCUUCGCCAAUGUUUCAGUGGAGCAAGUGGAAGAAAAGGAUGGGCGCCAGCAUGUCCUCCUCGUCUUCCAAAAGACCCGUCUUCGAUGAGAAGGAGGAUGUGAAUUUUGAUCACUUCCAGAUACUUCGAGCAAUUGGGAAGGGAAGUUUUGGCAAGGUGUGCAUUGUUCAAAAGAAAGACACAGAGAAGAUGUACGCCAUGAAGUACAUGAACAAACAGCAGUGUGUUGAAAGGGAUGAGGUUCGAAAUGUGUUCAGAGAACUGGAGAUCCUGCAGGAAAUUGAACAUGUCUUCUUGGUGAAUCUCUGGUACUCAUUUCAGGAUGAAGAAGACAUGUUUAUGGUAGUGGAUUUACUCCUGGGUGGUGACCUACGUUAUCAUCUCCAGCAAAAUGUGCAGUUCACCGAGGAAACGGUGAAACUCUAUAUCUGUGAGAUGGCAUCAGCUUUAGAUUAUUUGCGCAGUCAGCACAUUAUACACAGAGACGUGAAACCAGACAACAUUCUCCUUGAUGAACAAGGCCAUGCACACCUAACUGAUUUUAAUAUUGCAACAAUCAUCCGAGAUGGUGAAAGAGCAACUGCUCUAGCUGGAACUAAACCAUAUAUGGCUCCAGAGAUCUUUCAUUCCUUUGUGAAUGGUGGAACAGGUUACUCCUUUGAAGUUGACUGGUGGUCACUGGGAGUGAUGGCGUAUGAGCUCCUCCGUGGAUGGAGGCCUUAUGACAUCCACUCCAAUAGCCCAGUGGAAUCUUUAGUUCAAUUGUUCAGCACUGUGAGCGUCCAGUAUGCCACAACAUGGUCAAAAGACAUGGUGGCAUUAUUAAGAAAGCUUUUGACAGUGAAUCCUGAGCAUCGGUUUUCUAACCUAGCUAACAUCCAGACUUCUUCAUACUUAUCUACCGUGGACUGGGAUGAAAUCUGUGAAAAGAAAGUAGAGCCAGGCUUUGUACCUAAUAAAGGCCGUCUGCAUUGCGACCCCACCUUUGAGCUGGAAGAGAUGAUCCUGGAGUCGAGGCCUCUGCACAAGAAGAAGAAGAGGCUUGCAAAGAAUAAAUCCAGGGAUAAUAGCAAGGACAGCUCACAAUCUGAAAAUGACUACCUCCAGGAAUGCCUUGAAGCAAUUCAGCAAGAUUUUGUCAUUUUUAACAGAGAGAAGUUGAAGAAGAGCCAUGAUCAAAUGAACGAGUCCAUAUCUCCUCCUGAAACAACAGAUGAAGCCGAGACUGAAACAGAAUCUGAAAAUUCCAACCUGAAUAUGUGUAGCUCAGUAUGUUCUUCUACAGGCAGCAGCUAGGACUACAGAGGCGAGGCAAAGGGGACAGAAGCUUGCGCAUCUCUUGAAUAAAUCAUUCUCAGGUUGCACUGACAAGCAGAUGAUGAUACACUGAGUACUUUGGUGGAGGAAAAGAAGAGGAGUCACACAAACCAACACUGUAGAGCCGCAGCAGAGGCAGAUAGCUCUUUCCAGAACUCAUGGAUUUUUUUAAAAAGUUCACCUCUGUUACCUGAUACUUUGCUAUGCAACACUUUGGCAAAAACCAUUCCAUGUUUUUCUUUGUCCUUUUAUUUUCACAGGGACAGAUAAUUGGGUCUGAAGUAUGUUUUCAUGCGGUAAGGGUUCCAGACCCAAUUCUAGCUUAGGGCCAAGAGAAUGCAGAUUGAAAGCAUGCACAGUGGGGUGAAAGGGCUAGGAAAGAUGGCAAAAGCAACUGAAAACUCAUUUUGACAGGACAGUUGCUGUACUCUGGCUGAAGCUUGUUGCAUGCAAGAUUGUCUCUUGGUAUUUUCAGAGCAUUUGAGGGUUCUUACAAAGUGUGGCAGCUGCAACUUGCCCGCAGGGGAUGGGCUCAACUGGGAUUCUAGAGUGACAUCUUAACCAUACAUGAUUUUCAGCGGGUCUAGUCUCAGUGUUAAUGGAUGUUUUCCAAGGCAUUGGAAUGAUCCCGCCUAGGGCCAAAUGUGCUGGGUUUUUGCACCUGAAAUGUCAAAAUGGUUUGCUGCAAGGCAGAGUGUUUUCCUAAGCAUAUUGAAUCUUUUCACAAAGCUACUCUUACUUGCAAGGAGCUAUGUAAAGCUAUAAGCAUAUAUAAUAGAGGCUAGUGUUUCCUUCACUCAUCUGAAGGAGCAAGGUACAUGGUUGGCUGGAUUUAGAUGAGAUAGCUAUAAUAUAAUGCCCCAGGUAUGGAGGAAGUGAUGCCUUGAUGCACCUUUCUGUUUAUGUUGUUUUAAGUGUAUUUUAAAAUACUGUACAUAAAAUCACUGGUAGCUGUCUUAGCUUCUCCUGAGGAUAGGAGAGUUCUGACAUUUCCUCCAGCUGUGGAUAUUGCCUUUUUAAUUGUUUCAGAAGCCUCCCCCCCAUCCUAGAUUGAGACUGCAGUCCUAUACACACUUACCUGAGAGUCAGCCCCAUUGAACUCCGUGGGACUUAGUGCUGAGUAGGAUUGCACUGCCAGUGUCUUAAUUUACUGUACAGUGUCUUUAGGAGACUAUUAUCAAACAUAAAACCCUGGUUCUAAGACAGUAAAUAUUUGUGCUGCACAUAACUUUCAUAAGUGUUCUAAUUCAAACUGUUUCUUAUCAAAUGUCUACGAGAUUGACCUGUUUGCAUUCCAGUUGUCUUUUCCUGAAGGAAAGUGAACUUAGCAUGCUUUAAUUUCCACACAUUUAUUCCCCCUGCUCUUUUAUUGAGGUGCCUGCUGUGGGCCAACAUGCCAGGGUUGAACCAGGAUCCUUUGAAAAUAGGAACCUUUACAGCCUUACUUACAAAGCUACGACUACCUCUGUAGUUGUGCUGUAACAAGUUCCUUUAUAUGUCACCAUUGCUAAGGAGCAGUGAUAGCACGGAAUUCAUACCGGUUCCCCUAGUGUGGGGUUUCCACAAAUAUCUUAGGUCUUGAUCAUUUUUUAAAUGGUUUUUCAUUUCCACGAACACAACACAUGGUACUGAACAAUUUUAUAUAGAUAAAGACCAAAAUGUACUCACUUUUCCACAGUUUUAUGUGGAGUUUGGUAGGAAAUGAGCAUUGUGCGGGAUUAGGGAUGUUGGAGAAUUCUGACAGAAAUGGGAAUGAAAUUGCCAAUGUUCGCUUAUUCAUUCUAUGUCUGGAACAGAAAUUAGUCCUGUGAAUACAAUCUGUAUUCACUGUUGUUGUUGCUUUCAGUCUGCAAAUGAUACGUAAUUGAUUACGGGUUUCCCCCCAUUUGCGUCGCAUUUCCUUUGCAUUGAAAUGAAUGGAGCAGGAUAACAUAAUGACAACAUAAUUUAUGUAAUAAUUUAUGUAAUUAAUUAUGUAAGUUACAUGAGUUAUGUAAUUUCCCCAUAGGGGACAGCAAGACAAAUAAUGUAGUUUUUGGCGAAAGACAAACCGCAGCAGGAAAGUGAUGCCUUCUUACAUCCCUAUGCACAACCAAAAUUUCAUUAAGAAUAACUUUUUUAAAAAAUUCAAAUUUGCUAGGAUACAGUGUGUGGGUAUACAAAGAAGGCAAAGCUUUCCUAUCCCUUUCCCAAGUAUUUGUAGGCCAUAACCAGAUAAAUGCAAUGCCCACUCUACAAUUAAACUGUAGGGAGUGCUCACUUUGGGGAGUAGUACGAGUGUCCUUAUCUCUCUGGGUUUUAAGAGAGUAACUCUCAAACAGAUUCACAACCCAGGUUGCACCAAUCCAGCAGCUGUCGUAGUGCAGCCCCACAAAACCUGAUGUUAGGCUGGUACUGCAGUAAUAUUGUGCUGCCAGUGUAGCCAUCUGUGCCAGCAGAAAUGUUCAAAGUCAAAGUGCCAACACAGUUAGCCAGCUGGUUCAGCUGCAUUAGCACAAGAGACUUUACAGCUUUAAUUCCACACUUAAGUAUGGGUUGGCAAUUGCAUGCUCUGUUUCUCCGCUGUGAUGAAUUCAUCAAUCACAGAUUUAACUUGUUGAAUUUUUAAUCAUUACCUCCAAGUGGUCUCUUGGAAUGAUUGUUUAGUGCAGGAAGCAUUAUGAUAAAGGUUCUGCCUUGAUAUAUGUAUAUAUAUUUAAACCCUGCUAUCUUGUUAAAACAUUGUCUGUAUUUAAAUAAUCUGAUCCAUAUUGUUAUUGGCUAAUUAAAAAGGUAAAGGUGUCCCCGCACUUAUAGUGCAAGUCGUUUCCGACUCUUAGGGUGACGUCUUGCGACGUUUACAAGGCAGACCGUAUAU